AUUAUCGUUGUAACUACAAUUAAAGAUACAAUUAGAAAUUGAAAAAGGUAAAUAAAUGUAUUGAUCGUUUUAAAGUUAUAACCUUUCAACUCUCAGGUAAUUUAAGCGUAACUUAAUUAACAAUUUGAUGAUGAUGAUGAUGAAGUAAUGAGUAAUUAUCAACACACUAUUUGAUUGUUGAUACAUUAGAUUGAGAAGAAACAAAAAAAAAAUGUUUACAAUCAAUCAGCAAUUAGAAUUGAAAAAUUAUAUUAAUCCAUAUGAAUUGAUUUCCAAUAUUAUAUCUCAUCAAUCAACUUAUUGUUUGACCAGCAAUUGACAAAACCCUCAAAAAUAUCAUCAGGUAGAUGAUCACAAUUAUGAUUACAAACAUAAUUGAUGAAAAAUGAUGAUGAUCAUCAAUUAACCUUGAGUUAAUCAAACAAUUAACUAAUAUGAUUCAAAGUGAGUUAAAUAUAAUUGUGAAUGAACAAUAACAAAAUCGUCAAGGUAAAAAAAAGUGAAAGAUUUUCAAAGUAAUAACAAUAAUAAUAAGUGAAUCUUAUUGAACUUUAAUUAACUGACCAGAAACUAAUUAGUUUGCUAAAUUACCAAUAGAAUUUCCAAUCAAUCGAUUAAUUGUUUCUCUAAAUAAUCAACGAUGAUUAGAUUUUCUUUUUCCCGCCAAUUUCCAUCUAUCGGAUACAAUUAGAUUUACCAAAAGAAAUCAACAAUUAACAGAUAAACAAUCAAAGUUACACUUGUUAAUUUCAAUUCUUCCUCUAAUUGUUACUCACUGAUUGAUCUUAAAUUGUUGUCAAAUUAUCCUCUUCUAACUAAUUGUAUCCAUGGAUAAUUUAUCCCUAUGGUAAUCCUUUUGAAUCAGAAAGAUGAUCAAUGUUGUAAUACAUUUAAUUUUCAUUUGUCAAUCAAGUUAAUCAAAUACAAUCAAUAGGAAACUGUCAACAGUAACUCACCGGAUUCCUGUUAAACUUAAAUGAUUUACUAAUAGUAAUUAACCAACAAAAACAACAACAAAACGUUGAUUGUUGAUUGUUGAUGAUGGGAAAAGAUUAUGAUUUAUUCAAGUACCAAGUCUAUGGUUGACUGGAAACACUUUCUCACCUAAUUGUUGAUCCACCUUCAUCAUUGGGAUUGUUUUUACAAUUCAACAAUCAACCAAACCCAUUUCCGAUUACCUGACCUGAUAAACAAUAAAAUAACAAUAACAACAAGAUAAGUAGUGAACAAUCAAGGUUGAAGACAAUGAUUAGACUAAUCACUUUCUUUGGGUUAUUAUCCGUUUGUUUUGCCCUUAGUUUACCUCGAGAGUUUCUUGGUCGAAUAUGUGAAAUUGUUCAAAAAGCCGAGAGAUUGGGAUUAAGCCGAGAAACGGUAAAUCAAAUGGCGAUUGAGGAUUUUGAGCAAUUCAUUGGCUAUGGAUUAAGUUCUGAAUUACAGAGAGAUUCAAAUACAAGAGAUAAUACAGACGAUGGUGGUUGGCAUGGCUUCCAACAGAAAGGUCUUGUCUUAGGAUUACUCAGAAUGAUCCUUGAUCUGUUCAGAGUUUUAUUAAUGGGCAAUUUUAACAAUUUGGUAUUAAUUCAAGAGAGUGUCCUAUUCCCUAACCUCUUUAAGCCAGCCGAAGCAUAUCUUCAAAUCUCUGAGAUGUUAACCACCGCUGGUCAACAAGUUUCAUCAGUUUUAGAUUCGAUCUCAUGUUCACAAUUUGAUUUUCCUGAAAAAAUUGAUCCAACAAACGAAACUGAUGUCCGACAAGCGAUAAUUCACCUGAUCCAAAGUGGCCUUAAAUUACAGGAAGAAAAGCUGAAACAGCUCGAAAAUACAUUUACCGAUAUCCAAGAGAAAUUGUUUCCGCAACAAAUUAAGACAACACAAAAAUAAAUGUUCUGCGGAAUUAUAAUUAACUGAUUAUUAGGAUCUGUAAUAACACAAAUCAAAUCUUUAAAAGACCCAAUAAAUAGAUGAAAAUCUAA